AUGACACGCCCUCUACUGCAAGCAAUGGUCCUGACAACGAAGUGGAGUCUACUUGCGACUAUAUUGCCACGUCUCUGUCUCAGCGCUGUGAAGCUCACCCAGCCUCUUCUGAUUGACAGAAUAACAAAAUGGCUUGGUGAUGCCUCGCGAGAUCAUGAUACCGGGAAAGGUUUGAUUGCCGCGACGAUGCUCAUCUACCUGGUUAUGGCCCUCUUGACUGUGACGUACAGAAGGCAGGCCGACCGAUUUCUCACUACGCUGCGCGGGAUUUUCAUCUCCGCAUUGCAUUCGCAGAGCUUGGCCCUUUCCAACACCCAGCUCUCAGAUGGGAAUAUGCUCACGCUAGUGAGCACCGACGUGUUGCGCAUUGGCAUGAGCUUGCAGCGAGUCGGAGAGAUGUUCGCUGCCCCGUUCGAGAUUAUCGGUGUUGCCGCCUUACUAGCUCGUCAAAGCGGUAAUUCUUGCAUUGCUCCGAUCGCAGUGGGGAUCGCAGUGCCCAUCAUUAGUGCUGUCAAUAGCAAACGAGGUCUGCCGAUGCAGAAAAUCUGGCUCGAAGCCAUUCAACGACGGGUCGCAUACACGACAGCCGUGCUCGGUUGCUCCAAAGGCUUCAAGAUGCUGGGGUUGACCGAGUUCCUGUCGAAUCAGAUUCAAGGGCUGAGAGUGAAGGAACUUGCUGACUAUGCUGGAUACCGGAAAUUUGUCGCUGUCAGGGAAACGCUUGCUUCAGUACCCAAUGCCUUGGGGCCUACUCUUACCCUCAUGAUGUUUACCCUGAUCAAUGGUGGUGACAAGCUGACUCCGAGUGUGGCAUUCAGUACUUUGUCGUUGGUCUCGCUUCUGUCCGCGCCGAUACAACAGGUGGUGUGGGCCAUUAUUGACCUCCAGUUGGCCCAGACGAGCCUUUUGCGCAUUCAGGCCUUUCUGCUUAGCGACGAUGGCAACAACGUUGAGCCCUCGUUCGAUAUAAACAGUGCUUCCUCAUCCAUUGAGAUGACGGCGAUGGUUCCAAAUGGCGUUAGUCUGACCGAUGCGACAGUAUACGCCGGUGGCAAUCCUCAACGGCCUAUCCUUAAAGACAUCUCCCUAGAUCUACAAAAAGGGUUUUUCGCCCUCGUACUCGGACCAGUAGGAUGUGGGAAGUCAACUCUACUUCGUGCUGUCAUUGGCGACAUGAAGCUGGAUGGUGGCAGUCGCACCGUUUCGAGACAUUUCCACUCAUUCGCAUUAUGCUCUCAAGAACCCUGGCUGCCCAACGACUCGAUCCGGAACAUUAUCCUUGGAGAGUCCGAUUACGAUUCGAUUUGGUACAGCACGGUUGUGAACGCAUGCGCAUUAUCGACCGACGUUGCCCGAUUUCCGGCCGGAGAUCACACAACUGUAGGUAACCAAGGCAUGUCGCUGAGUGGAGGACAGAAGCAACGUCUCGCCCUCGCAAGAGCGCUCUAUUCGCGGAUCCCUGUUUUGGUACUGGACGACAUUUUCAGUGGCCUGGACAUCAACUCUCUCAAACAUAUUGCUGGAUCUGUCUUCGGCUCCUCCGGUAUAGCCAAGCGGCAUGGUCUUACAAUCCUCAUGACCACUCAUACCGCCACGUAUUUUGUCCAGCAGGCCGAUCGGAUAGUCGUCUUGGGAAGUGACGGUAGAAUUACUGAGCAAGGGUCGUUCGAGAAGCUGACAAGCAAUCCGAACAGUUUUCUUCAUACCAUCGAGCUUCGGGAAGAGAACGCAGCCAAUACGUCCGAAGAGCCAAACGAUGCUGUUCAAAUUCCGACGAAUCCGGUCGGCGAGUCAGACGAUGCUCUGGAGUCUCCCUCUGCACGCCGGACUGGAGAGUUCUCUACCUAUGCAUACUGGUUCAGAUCAUUCGGAUUGAGAUUUUCCCUUCUGUUCCUAGCCGCAACAUUGUUGGCAGGGUUCUUCUGGAAGUUUAUGGAGAUCUGGGUUCGGUGGUGGUCUGACGCAGAAGCAUCGCGACACUCUCUGGGAUAUUGGAUCGGUUGGCAUAUUGCGUUCGCGCUGCUCGCAUUGUUGUUCGAUUUUGCCAAAUUCUGGACUAUCCUCGUGUGGGCCGUACCUCACUCAUCAGCGCACCUCCAUCAACGCAUCUUGAGCAGCGUAAUGAACGCCCCAUACUGGUUCUUCUUCAAGACGAAUCUGGGGUCGAUCGUGAAUCGCUUCUCCAAUGACAUGACGUUGAUCGAGAGCGCUGCUGCCGGUCCUAUCUUGCAAGCUUCGGAGAGCCUUACGAUGGUAUUGGGCAGCGCAGCAUUGAUACUGGCCGGAUCGAGCUACGCCAGUGCCACUCUGCCGUUCCUGCUUUUGGCGGUCUAUCUAUUACAGCGAUUUUACCUUCGCACGUCGCGCCAGCUCCGUCACAUGGACCUCGAAACACAGGCGCCUUUGGUUGACGCGAUCCAGGAGACGAUGUAUGGCGUUUCGACCAUUCGCGCCUUUGGAUGGCAAUCUGCUUCCCAUGGGAAAUUCAUCAGCCUUUUGGACCGUUCUCAACGCCCGCAUUACCUUCUGCUGUGUAUCCAACGAUGGUUGGGCCUCAUGCUGGACCUUCUGACAGCUGUGAUCGCCACCGCUGUCGUAGCCCUAGCUGUCAGCGUGCCGUCGACAUCAUCUGCGAGUUCUCUAGGUUUAGCCUUGCUCAACAUCUUGGGGUUUAACGGUCAACUCUCCACUUUCGUAGUCGCCUGGACAACGAUCGAGACGUCUGCCAGUGCCGUCUUUCGCUGCCAGAAUUUCGAACGAACGACUCCAGACGAGCAAUCGCGACUGGAAAUUGCGAAAACGAAUGAACACUGGCCGGUAGAAGGGAAGAUCAUCAUCCAAGACUUGCGCGCUACCUAUACCCCUGAUGGUCCAGAUAUUCUCCACGGUAUCAACCUUCGCAUUGCACCAGGAACCAAAGUCGGCGUCUGCGGCAGGUCGGGAAGUGGAAAAUCUUCUCUUUUGCUCUCGGUUUUCCACAUGCUAGAAAACAUUCCCAGUGGCAGUGUUUCCAUCGAUGAUGUUGAUAUUACUACGCUUCCUCGAAGCUCACUCAGGGAACGCCUGACAGCGAUUCCUCAAGAGACACUGAUCAUGCCUGGUUCGAUGAGGGAGAAUAUGGACCCUUUGCAAAAGAGGAGUGUCGACGAGAUGAACUCGGCUUUGGAGAAAGUCGGCCUCGCUUCACUGGUCGCUGAUCGGGGUGGUAUCGAAAGUGACAUGGCCGACAUUGGUCUGUCUCAAGGUGAACUACAACUAUUCGCUGUUGCCAGGGCACUUCUACGCCCAAGCAAGAUCCUGGCGGUGGACGAGAUGACCUCUUCUAUGGAUUCGUUGUCAGAAAAGGUGAUUCUUGAUCUUGUGCGAACCGAGUUUGAAGGCAGUACAGUUGUAGCGGUUGCGCACCGGCUGGCUACCAUUGUUGACUUUGACACCAUUGUAGUCUUGGACGCGGGGCGCCUAGUUGAGUCUGGGCACCCCCAUGAACUGCUUCAGAAACCGGACGGGCAGUUCCGGAGGAUGUGGGACCAGCAGGAGUCACAGGAUCGGUAA